UCGGAAUGCUCGUUGUCGCGAAUAGUCGGUCAUUCUCAGUGCAACGCUCGUUCGUUCAAACGUGCCACGUGAUGAAACUCCAUAUAGUUGACACAUUGGCAAUUUAAUUACUACUGAUAGUUAAUUGAAGUAUUCUCCAAUUAAGUGUGCCGAUCGACGGUCAAGAUCAGAUUGCAUCCCGAUCAACAAUAAUCAAAUUAAUUUUUCUACAAAACUAGCUGUUGAAAGACUGAUGAUCACUUGAUACCAUCAUCUUUUCAUCGAGUUGCUCGAUUUUAUAAAAAAUUUUGCAUCACUUCAAGAAAGAAGAAUGAAGAUAAAAACAUAAAAUUUAUGAAAUAGAUGUAACAAAGAAGAAAAAUUAAUUGCGUAAAUUACAAAAGACCGAGUAUAGCACGUAUGGAAAACCAAAGGAGAUAAUGGAAUAAAAAUACAAUAGAAUUGAAAAUGGAAACUAAAACUGUUUAAUCAUAUAAGAGACGAAGAAAAGAAACAAUAGUUUCCGAUAAACGGACAGUUCGUCCCAACCUUCCUUUAUUUCAUGACAAUAGUGCGAAACAUUCACUUUGGUGUUUACUGUGAAACUGAGUUGAAGCUGAACGAUCAAUGAAAUAUUUUUUCCUGGGAAUCCUUUGCGGGAGAAAGCGUGAAAAACGGAAAGGUUCGAAGAUCAAGAAAACGAAACGAGCUAUCACAGACGAUGGACGCUGCGUCUGUUGUCUAGCACCAUUUCUAACAGACCAGUGUACCGGCGUACGCUGCAAUAUUUGCAGCGCUACAUCUUGCAGGAAGAGUUGUUCACGUUGGAACACAAUGGAUAAUACUUGGCAUUGUAUAUUCUGCCACCAAGAAAGAUUAUGGGUGAAGAGAAAUGAGAAAUGGUUCGAGAAUUUUGGUGAUGCGAUGAACGAAGCAGAGGAACUGCAUAGUUUCUUUGGCACGGCCAAAUCACGAGUUCACGUUGCAGGACAUAUAGCUGCAAUCUCAAAUAUAGAGCAACAUCAGGAGACUCAGAAGGAAAAACGUAUAAUAUACGCGAUUCAAAACUUUGUCGAAAAAAUAGUUGAAAGCCUAGUUGAUGGUGUGGAUGAUACACCGAUAGAUCAGCUAUACAGAAAUUCUGCUUACGACAGAUUCUUGGAUGAAUAUCGGCCGCCAUUAAUCAUUGCAUUGACUGGGUUGACUACGUGUCUGGAAGCAUCUCUUAUAAAUAAAACAUCUACGGAUCCAGCUUUAGCUCAUGCAGCUCUCAGAGAAAUUGUCGAGCGAGCUAUGGAGGAAGCUCGGAAGUUACCGGAGUUGGAUGCAUCCGUGGAUGCCACACAUCUUCGAGAAGGACGCGCCAUCGCCGAUCAUAGUUACGAGGACCUCCUUGCUACCGCAAUACUUAAUAAGGUCAUAGAUAAAUUCCAAAAGGAGCGUGUGGAUAGCAAUAGUAAUGUUUUGCAUGAUUCGUUGGCAAAAUAUACCAUAAUAGAAAGUAAACAUAAUGAUAAGGAAGAUAUGGCAAAUUAUAUAUCCCACCACAUUGAAUGUAACGAUGAUUGUAAUAAAAUUAUAAAAAAUGCAGACCAUCGUAAAUCGACAUCUUUUAUGAUGGAAGAACGGAUAGAAGAGGUAACUACAAUUUCAUCAGAUGAUGAUCUUUCAGACAAUAACGAUUUGGAAUUUCAAUGCACCCGCCGUGUUCCGUUUCCAGAAUAUGGGAUGGAUAUUAUUGACGUGAUAUCUGAGAAAGAUCUGCGAAAACUGCCUUCGUCAUCGUCAUCAUCAUCAUUGGAUUCUUCGGAUUUAAAUUGUAAUAAAUAUUCGUCAAUCAAGAAGAGAUGUUACGUCACUGAUCACACGACGGAUCUAGUCUCACCUAUUGAAUCUUGGAAGGAUAAUUGGCUAUUCCAAAAGAGAAGAACUUCUUGGCCACAAUCUGAUGCGGUUGUCAUGCUGGUACCAAGCUCUAAUACAUAUUACAAAGCUUUGAUUGGGGACAGAAAUGCUGAAGAUACAUCUGAUCUAUCAGAGUGCUCUUCUACAAAAUCUGACGAGGAGAUUGAACAGGAACUAAUGGAAGCGAUUAAUAACGUGGUUCCUAGUAUGCUUAAGUAUAAUUCGGAGGAAAAUAAAAAAAUACCAAGCAUCGCGAUGCAAUUUGGAAAGGAUGAAAUUGACGUCUGUGUUGAAACGGAUUUAAAAAUUGAAAACAAUGUGGCUGUUUCCAAGAGCUUCGAGGAAACAGAUGAUAAAAAACACUUAGAAGUUUUCGGAGAGGAAACAAUUAAAGACGAUGAUAAUGAAGAAAAAACUGAAAGUUCUUUAGCGUACAUAACAUUGAGAAAAGGGGUAAAUAAAGCUAAACGAGAGAUUAAGGACACAGUUGAAUGCGAUCAACGAAUAAUCACUACUGCGAUGGAAAAUUCUGUACAAAAAGACUUGAAAAUACGAUUUAAAAAGAUUAAAAAAAGUAAUAGAAAAGAAAAGAAUGCACUAUCUGAUGAAGACGAAGAACAACGUGAUAGUGAGUAUACCGAACAUUAUGAUACGGCAAUCCAAAGGCAUGUAGAUAGUCUGACGAAAAUCGAAGAUUGUACUGAAGAGAACAAAGCAUUUAAUGAAAUGAAAAAUAUAAUGAACGAACAGCUCAGAAAACCGAACAAUUUCCAAGAAAUGAUAAAAUUGCCUAAAGAACCAAAACGUGCAUACUCAAAAGAUAAAGCUCAAUUAUCUUACGUAAUGAUUAAUAACAAGCACAUUGAUGUAAUAGCUGAAGAUGAUCGAUUAAGUGCUCCUCCACGUCCAGGCACAAUAGCAGAACGUGAACAUAAAAAAUGGGAAAAUGCGGCACCAAUUGAAAACAAUCCAUACAGUGAAGAGAGUAUACGAAAGCGAUGCUUGGAGAGGCAAUAUUCAAAAAAUUUAGAUAUUCCAGGAGCUCAUUACGAGUUGACAAAACUGAAUGAAGUGAAUUCGAAAACACUUUUGAAAGCUGAUCAACCGGAUAUCAAACGGUUUGGUAGAGAUUAUUAUAUCAAUCAAUCAAAAGCGCCCAGUGAGGAACGACACGAACGGUGCAGAUCAGCAAUGUCUUCACUGUCGAGCAGACCAAGCAGUUCGUUAUCCCAACGAUCUAAUUGCAUCGAUGAUGAGCAAUGUGAACAACAGAUGACCUGAAGGAUAUAAUGUAAAUCAGUGACCGAGGAACUCACAUGGCAUUAUAGUCCAGGAAAAUAGCAGGCGAAAAAAUUUGUAAUAAAAAUAAUUUAAAAAAUAUGUUGUAAUUACUUAAAUAUAUAAUAAAAACACGUACAAAGGUUAGAAGUAAUUUGCCGCUAAUAAAAAAUAUCAAAAAA